AUUGGUGGACGGUAACAGCUCACAUCAGACAAUUUAUAAGGGACAUGGACCAGAUGAGAAGACCAGCAGACAGGACUGAACAUCAGGAGCUCAGCACCAGAACAAGGACUCUGUGUCAGACAUGAUGAAGCUGCGAACCGUCUUCCUGUUGGCCUGUCUGUUGAGGACCAGCUUGGCUCUGCCAUUGCAGAUUGGGAUUAUUGCAAGCAACAGUAACGAGAUCUUGAGGCUGAAUGGACUAACUCUAGCAGCUCUUGGACAAGCGCAGGCAGCGUCAUUCCUGCCCCCGUUCGUACUGCAGCAGCAGCAGCAGCCGGAGGUGCUCCUCACUCCACAGAUGGUGAACUUGAACCCCCAGCUGGCAGGUCCUUUUGGUCCCCAGGGGCCUCAGUUCCUGUUCCCAAACCAGGGAAACCAGCUGACCCCUGUGAUUGUCCCCAACGGCCAACAAGAUCAGGGGGGGCUUCCACAGGACCCCAACAACCCUAAUGUUCCGCAGCAGAACCCAAACACAGUUCAGAUGUAUCCACAGUUUCACUACCCAGCCUACGGAUUCCCCCAGUUUCCCAGGCAGCAGAGUUACCAGUACUUUGUGCCCUCAUAUGGAUAUCCUCAACAGAGGAACACAGUAAUGCUUCCACCCAACAAUGGCCAGCAGAACCCUGAGAGAACCACACAGAGGACACAGCUCCCUCUGCAGCAGGGUUCUCAGCCAAAGGUGCCAACAGAGAGGACCUGGCCACUGGAGACACAGAAAGAGUCUACAACGAUCCCCCCUAAUCCUCGUGGUGACGCAUCUGGCCCUGGAGUUGACGAGGGUAAUUUCAACUUUCCCUUCCUGUUUGAGCCUUAGACGUCACCGGGGGCUCGUUCUUCUGCAGAAUACCU